AUGUUGAUCUUUUUCUACUUUGUUGUGACUCUACUGUUUCAGUUUCAACUUUCUGAAUCUGCAACAGUAGUUGUGGAUGGAGUUUCAGAAUGGAGAAAUCCUCAAGUUCAAGUUGGAGAUGCUGUCAUUUUCCAGCACAAGUACCACUACAAUCUCUACAUUUUCCAGAGCCAGAAUGCCUUCAGCCUCUGCAACUUUUCUCAAGCUACACUUCUCACCAAACCCAGUUCAACAUCUUACACUUGGCACACAUCACGCCCUGGAUUCUUCUACUUCUCCUUCAACAAUGGCUCUAACAAAGCAUGUUUGGAGGGCCAAAAGCUAACAGUGAAGGUCACAUUAUCACCACCUCCAAAUGCUUCCCCUGAAUUGCCACCACCGACGGCGGCGCCACCGCUGAGCUCUGGCGGUGUUGUGGCAUCUUCUCCAGCAUUCCCUUGGCCAUUUCAGCCACGAGAAAAUGCUUCUCCAAGCCCUGCACCCAGUACCAUAGAACUUCCAGGCGGUGCCACCAGCCCUACAGCGCCGGAUAAAGAAGGCAUCCCGUUUAUCAACAGCAAUCCUGCCGUGCCGCUGCCCACUGGCGAGGUGGAUUCUGCCACCAUUCGGCCUUUACCCACAAAUGGGGACCAUGCUAGACAGGUGCUCGGGUUUUCAUUUUUUCGAAGAGCUUUGAGUUUGAGUUGUCCGAUUUUGCUGAUGAUGGUCUAG